AUGCGCGGCGCAUGGCAGCAGCUUUGUAUGGAGAGGCAUGAACCGCAUUGGGACUGGGAGGACUUCGCCAGGUGGUGGCAUGGGCGGUCCAGCUUCCAAAGCGCAGAGCAGCUCCUUGGGGCGCCGGAUCCAAAUCCAAAGCCCGACUUGGACUGCAAGUGCUUCCGAUACCAGAAGGAGACGCUGGAGGACAUCAAUCACAUACAGCACAACGUGAACUUCGCUCGGAAAUUGUUUGAGCCAAGUGAGAUCACGCAGGAGAUGCUGGACAACGCGAGGGAUGCCAUCGCCAAGAAGAAAGACAUGAAGGAAGACGAGGCCUCCUCCAUCGACACCAGCAGUCUGUGGUAUGUGAAGCUUUCGGAGGACUUGGCCAAAAGAGCGAAGAGCGGGGCCAAGGUCUCGGUCAAGCGUGGUGAAGAGGAGCUUCAGGCUUGCCUGGUGUCGUAUCCAGACAAGGUCGGUGCCCGGAACAGCUUGCGGCACAGAAGGAAGGCUCUGUGGGAGCUCUGCCCUGCGCCCGGCCCGGAUGACAAGAAGGUGCCGGAUGAGGACCCAUUCCCCUGCGGUGGGAGAGAGAAGUUGCGCGACGAGAAGUUCAAGUGGAAGCCGGGCGAUGCUUUCGAAUUCAUAGGAAGCUGCAGGAGCUCCCUUGCUCUGCGGCAUCCGGGCAUGAAGGACUACGACGAGGACGGCGACGAAAGGUUCGACUUGGCCGUGCCUGGGCCGAAAUAUUGGUGGAUUGCGACGGAGUUGGAAGAGCUUCUUGCAAUCGCGGAGUCGGCAGAGCAGGACACCUGGCAAGCUCUGCCGGCGAAGUUUCCCAAGGUGACUUUCCAGAUGCUUCUUGAUCGGCUAAGCCCACAGGGAGGGAAUGGCUUCGCCGUGAACAUCGGGGCUGAGGAUGGUCAGAAUCACGAUCCUAUUUACCCGCUCUUCGAAAGGGGCUAUGCUGGUCUGGCGAUAGAGGCCGAGCCACGUUGGCACGAUGCGCUGGCACAGAACCUAGCGCAGGUCAACAGCAGCCAGCAAGUUUUCAUCGCAAUGGAAAGAGUAAGCCCCGUCAACUUGCCAAGUUUGCUUCGGAAGUUUCGGGUUCCGAGCCAUUUCGAUGCUCUGAAGAUCGACAUUGACAGCAUCGAUUUGGCGAUACUGCGGACCGUUCUCCACAGCGGAUACUCUCCCCAAGUCGUCAUGAUUGAAGUGAACCACGACAUUCCACCUCCGUUUCAGUUUGAGUUGGAAUAUGACCCUCAGUGCGAAUGUAAGGCCGGGCGAGGAGCCUACGGGGCGUCGGUCGACGCCGUAUUCCGCGAGGCAUCCCUUCGAGGAUACGCUCUUGUUGCAAUGGAGUUUUUCAACCUAGACGCCGAGUGCGCCUUCUGCGAGCACAAUUUGUGGUUUGUCCGCAACGAGCUACUGGGUCGAGGUAGAGAGAGCCCACUUGUGAGUUGGCGAGGUAUGGUGCGAAUGUUUUGGGCGCAACUGGCGGGUUUCGACUGCCUCCAUGUCGGCAGGGGCUUGAGGAGCCGGAAUUCCAUGUGCCCAAGACAUCAACUAAGGGAGCUGGUCGCAGAGCUGGGAGGCUGGAAUUCGAGUUGGUCACUCGCACGGAUGUCCUUCCACGCUGCGCAGCAUCCUAGCUUUGCCAUUGGCAUGGCAUCACAGUGGAGAUCGAAGCUUGAGUACCCCUAUGCUUGCUCGCAAGCCUGCAGAUUCUCAGUGGCAGUGACGAGACUUGAUGAGCACAUAGGAGCUGUGCGGGGCAUGACCCGAGAGCACCGGAAGAAGCUGGCUGAGGAGGCGAAAGAGGCCAAAGAGGCCAAAGAAGCCAAAGAGGCUGAAGCCAAAGAGGCCGAAGAGUCGAAGGAAGACAGCUGUUUCUUGGACCGAAUUGCUUGUGUUUUGGGAUGUGCUGGCAUUUGGUUCACCAUGCUUUCGGUAGACAUUUUCGCGGGGGAGAUGCGUACUUAUCAUGGAUGUAUCGCCAUCGCCCACGAGCGAGUCUACAUCAGCACGGAAGACAAGCCCGUGCUAAUCGGAAGCAAGGACGACCCCUUGCCGGAGGGAAUCCGUGCCUACCCUGGCUUCGAUGGCCUCCUGGACCAGGACGCCUCGCAGGAGGACGUUUUUCAAUCCGCCGGAAAGGAGGCAGUCGACGGAGUUCUGCUUGGCCUGAAUGCCGCCAUCAUGGCUUAUGGCCAAACCUCGACGGGAAAGACGCACACCAUGGUGGGCGACCGCACACGUCCAGGCCUUUGCCUCAAGGCAGCAGGGCACCUCUUCUCUGAGGCUGCCUUAUGUGGAUCGCAGAUCGAGGUUCAAGCUUCGUUCCUCCAGCUGUACUUAAACCACAUCACAGAUCUUCUGGUAUCCGAUGGCCACGAGCGUUCGCUGAAACUGCGGGAGGUGGUGGGCGAAGAAGCGACGGACACCAAGGUCGAGGGACUCUCAGAGAGGUUGGUACAGUCGAUGGACGAUGUCGCAGCCGUCCUCGAGGAGGGCAACCGACGGCGGCAGCAGGCGUGCACCGCGCUGAAUGCCAGCUCCAGCCGGUCCCACGCUGUGCUGAUCCUCAACGUCAGCCUGUGGACGGGCGCGAGAUCCGACGAGGAGGGCGAGGCCGACGCCACUGUGGCAAAGCUGUACCUUGUCGAUCUGGCUGGCAGCGAGCGGGUCAAAGACUCCGCGGCAGCUGGGGACCGCUUCACGGAGGCGGUUCACAUCAACAAGUCGCUCUUUGCACUGCAGGGAGUGGUGGCUGCACUGGCUGAUGGAAAGCCGCAUGUCCCGUUCCGAAACGAUCCGCUCACACAGUUGCUGCGGCCAGCGCUCGGUGGGAACUGCUGCACUACUCUCGUCGCAACGGUAUCUCCAGCCCAAAGGCAUUCGCGAGAGUCCGAAGGGACUCUGAACUUCGCUUCGAGCUGCCGCCGCAUCCGGGGCGAGGCGUUCGUGAAUUCGGUGAAGAAGCCGCGGCCGUGGGAGUCAGCUCCCAAAGCCAAGGAGGAGCCAGAGGAGCCCGCUGAAUGUCCCUGGGCUUCCCUGGCGACUCUCGAUGCGGCCUCCAUGACCGAGUCCACAUUGCUGGAUACGCCGGCAGGCCAAAUUCAGGUGCUCACCUGCGGCCCCAGAGAUGGUGAGGCGGUGCUGCUCAUGCAUGGCUGUCCUUCCGAUGCCACGACGUGGAAGUGGCUGUUUCCAGCCUUGAUCUACAACAAGUACCGUGUAAUUGCCAUCGACAUGCCCGGUUGCGGCGGUUCUCCGGGGACGAAGCUCAGCAGCCGCUCCGAAUUCAACGCAGCCAAGGGCGGGCCGGUGGACAUCGCUUGCGGAGUGCUCGAUGCCUUGGGCAUCGCCAAGGCGGCGCUGGUCGGCUACGAUUGGGGUGGGGGCAUCGUGCUCUCCAUGGCCCUGCGGAAGAAGAACCGGAUCAGCAAGCUGGUUUCUUUCCACCCUUCCUACACGCCACCCAAGGGUGAGAACCUGAGCGCGAUGUCAGUGCCGGUGCUUGUCCUGUGGGUUAAGGAGGACCAGUUCCACAACCUCACCAAAUGGCGAAAACACUUCGAGGCACUCCCAUCCGGAAAGCGAGAACUAGAGGUCUAUACGCUGGGAUCCCGGUGGAAGCCUGGGAUGUCUCUGGGUGGGGACAAGCAGCUGGGACCCCAGCUUCAACGUCGCAUCGUAGCCUUCCUAGCCGGUGAGGCUCCGGACGAGGCUGUCGGCGGAGGCUUAGAGAAGCGGCUUGAGGCGAAAGGUGCCACUACGGCAGGCAAGUUGGUGGUUCAUGCGCAAAAUGUCGUGGUCGCGGAUGCGCUCGACAAUGCCGGUGAGGUCGCCCGGGCCCUGCGCGAAGUGGAGGACCCCCGGAAGUUGGCGAUUGCCGAGUUCCGGCAGUUGUGGACUGCCGGAAAGCUGCCGGCGCUUUACUCGGAGCGCCUGGCGGGUUCUUCUGCUUCGUCUGCCAGUCUCUUCGGAGCGCUGCCGGACAUGAGCCCCGAGGCGCUCUGCGACCCCAGCGCUCUGGUCGAGGCCGGGCUUUGGACAUCUGCUCCACUGGGCUGGGAGCGCAUGCGCGCAACACCGCGGUAUGCCGCAGGACGGAGAGUGCUCGUCCGUGGCAGCGUUGCCACGAAGCCCUCGGAUCCUGACUUCAUGGCCUUGUCGGACAAAGGCUCCGACCGCACCACUUUCCGUGCGAUCCUGAAGGGACGAGCCAAAGACAAGGACGCUCUCCUAGUUGACGUGGCUGCCUCUGGUGGUGGGACUCGUGAGCUUCAGGUGUCCAAGGCGGAGGUCCUCCGGCUAAAUCAGCCGCACCGCUUUGCCACGAGUGGCAAGCACCUGCUUCUGGAGGAUGGCCUGAAAUGCGAUUACUCCUCCCCGCUCAUGCGGGCCAAGCUCUGCGAAAUUGCUUUGGCCCUGGACCCCGUCGUCCAGAAGCUGGAUUUCAACACUGCUGACGCUGGGCAAGCCAUGCAGUUGCAGGCGGUGGAGGUUAUACGCAAAUGCCUUGACAUCAUCACCUUCCAGAAGGGCUUGGAUCGAGGCCGAGCUUGUGCACGAGAGGACGAUGUGGCGAAGAUGGCUUGCCACGGCCAGGGGCAUUGCCACACCGUCUCGUCAACAAUGGCAGGCUUCCUGUAUCCUUUCAGCAGCGUCCUUGGCAUCGACAUGAAGUACCGUGGCGGGUACUCCUGGGGCGGUGUCAACCUCGGCGAGAAGGCCGAUGAGUCCGUGGAGGUCGCCGAUAAGCCGGAGCGGCAUCAGUGGCUAGAGUUGACGCUUCGCCCAUCCCUGACGACCUUCAUCUGUGAUCUGUGGGUAGCCGACGCCGUCGGGAGCGCAGCGCUUAGAUGGCCAAUGGAGGAGGCGAUUUCUGACAGCUAG